GGUGACUCAUAAGAACGGACAUCAAAUCGGACGAUAUAGUUAACUACUCAGCUUAUAUAAUAAAAUCUACGAACUAAAUGUCAAGCUACCCACACAUAACAUUAUUCGAUUACGUCAUACCUACAAACAACUUAAAAUAUCAAUAUACUAAAUAUGUUUUCGUAUUCAUAGAGUAUUCUUAUCAAUAGUGGUUGUAUUACAUAAUGUUUGAGAAGUAGAGAGCUUUUAAAUCUCCGAACGUUUCUUUUCCGUUUCCGCAACUGGCUUAAAGGAAGAUAUAAUGUUGUUACAUGUGAAUCCGUUUGUUCUGCUCGCCACCAGCUCAUUCUUCUUGGGAACUUCGCACACUGAGGAGGUGCAGCAAGCGAAAAUGCGAAAAAUACCGGAAGGGUUAAAGUUGGGAGUGGCUACAGCGGCUUUCCAAAUCGAAGGCGGUUGGAAUGCCUCGGAUAAGGCUCCGAGUAUUUGGGAUAACUAUUGCCAUAUCCCCGGAAAAGUAUCAGAUGGAACAGAUGGGAACGACACGUGCAAGUCCUACGAGUUCUACCAACGAGACAUAAAAAUGUUGAAAUUCUUAGGGGUCGACUUCUACAGAUUUUCCAUAUCGUGGCCAAGAGUUUUGCCAAACGGAUUUGCCAACAAAAUCAGCAAAGACGGAAUUGGUUACUACAAUAAGUUAGUUGACGAAUUGUUAGCCAAUGGUAUUGAACCCGUUGUCACCAUUUACCAUUGGGACUUACCUCAGAACUUACAAGAUUUAGGAGGUUGGGCCAACCCUCUCAUAGCUGAAUGGUUUGAAGAUUUCGCCCGAGUUUUAUACACCGCUUUGGGCGAUCGUGUCAAGACUUGGAUAACUUUAAAUGAACCAAAGCAACUUGGUAUAUAUGGAUAUGGAACAGAAAGAUUCGCUCCUAACAUUUGUUCCGCGGGUUUAGGUGAAUAUAUGGUGGUGAAGAAUAUGCUGCUAGCUCAUGCUAGAGCCUGGCAUGUGUAUGAUAAGGAAUUCAGGGACACUCAAAAGGGCAUAUGUGGUAUCACAAUUGCAUCAGAUUUCCGCGAAGGUUUAACAGAUUCUCCAGCUGAUGUGGAGGUCGGUAAAUUGGCUUUAGACUUUGAGAUUGGCUUAUACAGUCACCCGAUAUUCUCAAAGACUGGUGGUUUCCCUGAGAGAGUAGUGAAGCGCAUCGCAGAAAAGAGUGCUGAGCAAGGAUACCCUAGAAGCCGAUUACCGGAGUUGACAAAGGCAGAAAUUGAUUUAAUAAAAGGUACUAGUGAUUUUUACGGCUUCAAUCACUAUUCCUCUAAAUUCUUCACGACUGAAACUUACAAGCGAGGGAUGUUCCCGAUACCUUCCUAUAGUGACGACAUUGGUGCGGUUGGCACGUACGGCGGCUAUGUCGAGGCUCCCGUUAUUCAUACAACUAAAAUACCCGACGGCAUUCGAAAAGCUCUCAACUGGGUGAAGGACGAAUACGACAACCCAGAGGUCUUUAUAACUGAGAAUGGGUACGGGACCUUCGGCGGGAAUAACGAUGUCGAACGAAUUGAGUAUUACAAGGAGUAUUUAAAUGCAGUUUUGGAUGCUAUUGAAUUGGACGGGUGUAGAGUUCGCACUUACACCGCUUGGAGUCUCAUGGAUAACAUGGAAUGGAGCUCGGGGAUCAGUGCCAAAUUCGGUCUUUUCGAUGUUGAUUUCAAUGAUGAUCGAAGGACCAGAAGACCACGAGCCUCGGCCUUCUGGUACAAGGAUGUUAUAGCAAAGAGGACGUUAGAUCUCGAAGCGAAACCACACGCAGAAGAAAUCUCGUUCUAGUCAGGAGGCGGAAUAAAAAAGUUUUCAUGCAAAAAUACACAAUUUAUUAUAAAUUGCUAACAAAUAUUAAAGUAUGUACUUAUAUCAAAUGAAAAUUUCUUACUCAAUGUGAAAAAGAAGAAAAAUUCAUUUGUUUGUCUAUGUCAGUAGUACAACAUUGGAAAGUCAACUUUACCACGUUGAUAUAAAAGUCAUUUGGAAUUGUUACUGUAUUUGUAAUACUACUACAAAACUCUAUAUUAAAAGUUAUUCAGUUUUAAAAUGCCCUUAUUUACAUUAUUUCAGUCAUUUUAUUUCGAUUUUAACAAUAAAAUAAAAAAUUCGUCAAAUAUUCUUCUUAUUAUAACCUUAAAAUUAUUUAUAAAUAUUAGUAUACUUAACUUAACUAUUGUUGAGAAAUGUCUCCGGCUAAGAAAAGGCUUUGUUUUAACCUAGAUGACGUCAUAGUCUAAAAUUAAACGUUGAUAAUUACUCUA